AUGACAGACAAGGUCCGUGGACUUUUGUCAAGUAUUUCUGCCCUUCUAAGACGUCUGGCAGCCAUCAAGAACGGUGCGCCUAGCCGUGCCGCCCGUCAGGCAUUGAAGCAACGUCUCUUCGAACUGCGCCAGAAGGAACUGCGCCUCAUGCGUCAGUUGGGCAUCCGUCAGCCGACGGGAUUUAGGGGUGCCUUCUGCAGUUCAGCGUCCACUUCGGCCGCAAUGGCCGUCCGAGCAGCUCUCGAACGAAAACAGCAGCAACAGCAGCAGAAUGAGCCGGAUCCUUCAGGGGAUGGGUGAGUUUUUGUGAAACCACUCUUCUCAUUGGCUAGCACGAGGCGGGAAAAGCUCUCUGCUAUGCCCACGUGUCUGUUUACAGGUUGGAUCGAGCAGUGGUUUGUGACAGCCACCUGUUAA